UUUCGAAAAAUUUCCGAAUUACCUGAAGAAAAAUAAAAUUAGUUUAUUAGUGUGAGGAACCGCAAGCCCAAGAUGGCGUUGCGCGCGGGCUGGGUGCCGUGCGUGGGCUUGCAGCCGCCCAAGCCCAGCCUGCAGUUCAUUGAAGAGGCCGCCUCAGUGUCCCUUGAGUGUGAAGGGCUGCUGAGCGGCGGAAAAGCGCACUCAUCGGAGACGGUCAGCGUGAACGAUUCUGCACCGAAGUCGAAACCUGCGAUGAAAUUAGUGAUGAACCCCAAGGGAGUCCAGGAUCACAGGACAGUCGAGCAGCACUACGAGCAACUCCUACAGGAGUCAACCACCUCCUCCAGCAGCUUCCCCGCCCACUUUGGUCCUUCAGUGCACAUCCCACCCAGUCCUGAGAUAGCCAAGGAUAUCAUCAACGACAUGCAGAGUCCUACAGGCAAAGGAGCGGCACUCUUCGCCAAGCGCAAGAAGCGGAUGGACAAGUUUAUUGUGGAUGAGACGAACGUUCAGAAGACCAGCGCCUACCAGCACAGCGUCGUGAACAGCAGCAUGGAGCAGUCGUUCAGCAGCUUUUCAAGCAACAGCAGCAGCAGCAGCAGCGUGCAGCAGCAGCAGCAGCCUGUUGCUGCUGCUGCAACUCCCGGGCUUACUGCUCCGCCUGGUAGCAAGAAGCGUCUGCAGCAAGAGAGAGAUUUGGAGCAGCAAAAGAUCAUGAUGAGCAGCAGCAGCAGCUAUAGCAGCACCUCAAUCAUUGGCCAAUCAGGGCCCGCUUGGCUGGAAGGCCCAAAGCCAGUCCCUGUUACUGCCCCCCUGCCCACUGCCGGCGGUGGGGCGAGCCUGCCUAACCCGCCAUCACUGUUCGCGCGGCCUGCAGCUAAUGGCCCUGCAACUCUCCCCGAAAUCUCCACAAUCUUGACCACCUCUAAUCCUACUAAAUCAUUUAAAGCUGGCGGUAUAAACAUCACUCCUGUCCUCAAAUUGAACCCUCAUUUCUCAUCAAAACCUCAGCCCGCGAAGUCCCCCCGAUCUUCAUCAGUCGGGCAUAAAGUGCCGGAAAAACGACUUUCCACCAUCCCUAAAGCGGCACAAUAUCCUUUCCCUUCCUACCUGAGUCUUGCAUCCCAACAAGGUGGAUGUGUUCGAUCAUCAUCCACUUCAUCCAUCCCUAGAUUAGCAGCAUCCUCUGCUUCCAAUUCCUACGAUGACUUUGAUCUUAAGCCUGGGAGUCCACCAGUUGUGUGUCGACCAAGUCAGAGCCAAGAACGUAGUUCUCUUGAGAACGAUAGUGCUGCGGACCAGGUUCAGAACAACAUCUACAAGGAUGUAAAGCUGAGGAAAAUUCAGUCGUCUUCCACCUCGAGCUCCUCAAACAGAGAGAGCAAGCCCCUCGCCCCCGGUUUGGUCUAUACCGCAGAGGUAAAGCUCGAGCAACCCCCGAAAAGCUCUAUCAUCAUGCAGAGUGCUGGUCCCGCAGCCCCGGCCUUCAAGGUAGCCGCGGCCCCAGCCUUCAAGCCUGCACCUGGAGCGAGUCCAGCCUUUGUGCCCAAAGCAAGCCCAAGCCCAGCCUCGGUAUCCACGAUACCCGAGAACCCAGCCUCUGGAAGCCCAGCCUUCAUCCCAGCGGCCACUGGAAGCCCAGCCUUCAUCCCAGCGGCUACUGGGAGCCCAGCCUUCAUCCCAGCGGCUACGGGAAGCCCAGCCUUCAACCCAGCGGCUACUGGGAGCCCAGCCUUCAACCCAGCAGCCACUGGAAGCCCAGCCUUCAACCCGACGGCUAUUGGAAGCCCAGCCUUCAACCCGGCGGCCAUUGGAAGUCAAGCCCAGACUAACUCUACGCAAUUCACUCCUCGGGCCACAAUGAAUGCUGGUUCAGGAGGCCAAAUGAGUUUGGCUGACAAGAGGAGGAGUGUCAACUUCAACUUAGCGGCUUCAGGCUGGGGCACUUAUAACGAAUACUACCGACCUACGUCCUUCGCUACGUAAACGAACUAGCUUUGUUUUUUCUAGGGGUAACUGUCGAAACUAUCGAAACAUUAGUUAUUCAGUCUCCACCGAAAUUUGAUUGAUUGAAAUGUCCAAUUUUUCAUUGUGAUGGAAAAUUAAGUUGGACGUUCAUGAAGUGUUCUAUAAAUAUAUCUUUCUGAUAAAAAAAUUUGUUGAAGGAGGAUAUUCAGCUUUUUCUAGGGUCACUAUCGAAAAAUUAGUAAUUCAGUCGCCACCGAAAUUUGAUUGAUUGAAAUGUCCACUUUUUCACUGUGAUGGAAAAUUAAGUUGGACGUUCAUGAAGUGUUCUAUAAUAUAUCAUUAUCAUA